AUGACCAUGAGAAAUUGUAUUCUUCAACGAUCUCAAAUAAAUUUUUAUUUCAAACGUUAUUUACAUGGAAAAUCUCGUUUGGAAAAUGGUCCUAGUUUUGAACAUUUUCUUAAACAAAAUAAUACUACAUCCGAUGAUUAUCAGGGAAAUUUAGUUUUACGUAAAGGUGAACAACGUUUAAGAAUUCCACCAUGGUUAAAAACAGAAAUACCAAUGGGAGAAAAUUAUGCAAAAUUAAAAAAAACAUUAUCAAAAUUAAAUUUAAAUACUGUUUGUGUCGAAGCAAAAUGUCCGAAUAUUGGUGAAUGUUGGAAUGGUGGUGAAGAUCGUAUUUCAACAGCAACAAUUAUGUUAUUAGGUGAUGAAUGUACUCGUGGUUGUCGUUUUUGUUCAGUUAAAACAUCACGUAAACCUGCAGCACCUGAUCCAAAUGAACCACAAAAUACAGCUAAUGCAAUAUGUUCAUGGGAUAUUGAUUAUAUUGUUUUAACAUCUGUUGAUCGUGAUGAUUUAUCCGAUCAAGGUUCAUCACAUAUAGCACAAACAAUAAGUUUAAUAAAACAACAAAGACCAAAUUUAAUUGUUGAAUGUUUAACACCAGAUUUUCGUGGUGAUAAAAAAUGUAUUGAAACAAUUGUUAAAUCAAAUUUAGAUGUUUAUGCACAUAAUAUGGAAACUGUACGAGAAUUACAAUCACAUGUACGUGAUCAUCGUGCUAAUUUUGAACAAUCAUUAAGUGUUCUUAUACAUGCAAAAGAAACUAAUCCAAAUUUAAUAACAAAAACAUCAUUAAUGUUAGGUUUAGGUGAAACAAAUGAACAAAUUCGAGAAACAAUGUCUCAAUUACGUACACGUGCUAAUGUUGAUUGUUUAACAUUAGGACAAUAUAUGCAACCAACAAGACGACAUUUAAAAGUUAAAGAAUAUAUUCGACCAGAAAUUUUUCAACAAUUACAAGAAUAUGGUGAAUCAAUUGGAUUUCUUUAUGUUGCAAGUGGACCACUUGUCAGAUCAUCUUAUCGUGCAGGAGAAUAUUUUAUAAAAAAUAUUGUUAAAAAUAAACAACAAAAAAAAGAAUCAGCUAUUUCAUCAUUUAAAAACAACCCUCCAUCAGAACAUGUUACUGUAACUGAAAGAUCAAAAAUAAAUUCGAUUGGAAUCAAAAGACGUGUUAAUCGGGAAACUUAUACAAUACCUGAACAAUGUCAAGGUUGUCCUGGUGAAAAUGGAGGAGGUGUAUCAUUAACGGCAGAUGAAUCAAAAAAUUUAGAUGCUGUGAUGAAAAAAGAAUUUUUUAAUUUACGUGCAAGUGAUAAAAUCUCGCUAUGGCGAUCAAUACCUGAUACUCGAGAUGACUUAUGUAAAGCAGUUAAGUAUCCAGAUGAUCUGCCAAGUGCAUCAGUUGUAAUAGUAUUUAAGAAUGAACGUUGGUCACCAGUACUUCGAACUGUUUACUCAGUUUUAAAUCGUUCACCGAAACAGUAUCUAAAAGAAGUUAUUUUAGUUGAUGAUCAAUCAGAUAUCGAGGAAAUGGGUCAAAAAUUAGAUGAUUAUUGUGAAGAACAUUUUGGUGAAUUAGUUCGAGUUUUACGAGCACCUAGUAGACUUGGAUUAAUUAAAGCAAAAAAUUAUGGAGCAAAAAAUGCUACCGGUGAUAUUGUUGUUUUUCUCGAUGCUCAUUGUGAAGCUAAUACUGGAUGGUUAGAACCUCUUCUUGCUCGAAUAAAAGAAAAGCGUUCAGCAGUUUUAUGUCCAAGUAUUGAUAUGAUUAGUGAUCAUAAUUUGGCAUAUGGCGGUACAGGUUUUGGAAGUGUAGGUGGUUUUUGGUGGUCAUUACAUUUCAAUUGGGCUCCAAUUCCAAAACGAAUACGUGAUGCACAAAAAUCCAGAAUUGAUCCUUAUCCAUCACCAACAAUGGCUGGUGGACUUCUAGCUGCAAAUAGAGAAUAUUUUUUUGAAAUCGGUGGUUAUGAUGAAGAUAUGGAAGUAUGGGGUGGUGAAAAUUUAGAAUUAUCAUUUCGUACAUGGAUGUGUCAUGGUAGUCUUGAAUUUGUUCCAUGUUCUCGUGUUGGUCAUAUCUUUCGACCAGGUCAUCCAUAUAAUAUGACUGGAGCAAAAGGUAAAGGUGAUGUUCAUGGUCGAAAUUCUAUGCGUUUAGCUGAAGUUUGGAUGGAUGAUUACAAACGUUUAUAUUAUAUGCAUCGACGAGAACUUAUAGGAAAAGACUAUGGUGAUGUUGAGGAGCGUCGAGCAAUUCGUACUCGUUUAAAUUGUCAUUCAUUUAAAUGGUUUCUCGAGAAUGUAUUUCCGGAAAAAUUUAUUUUAGAUGAAAAUGUUCUUGCAUAUGGAGAAACUAGAAAUCCAAAUUCACAAUUGUGUUUAGAUACGAUAGGUAAAGAUGAAAAAGGAACAAUACCAUUAGCAGUUUAUUCAUGUCAAAGUGGUGCAUCAGCUAAUCAAUAUCUUACAUUAACGAAAGAUAAUCAAUUACGUCGAGAAGAUGGAUGUUCAGUCACUUCAGACUCCACAUCAAUUGUUUUAACUAAUUGUGAUUAUAGUGAUCAUAAGCAAACGUGGACACAUACUAAUAAUGGAACACUUGUCCAUCAUCCAAGUAAUCUUUGUCUUGAUGUUGAAGGUCUUGCAAAUAAUGAUCAAGUUAAAUUAAAAAAAUGUGAACCUAAUAAAUUAUCGCAACAAUGGUUAUUCAGGCAUUAUCCAAAAUAA